UAAAUGUUUUUGUGAACUAUCUAUUUUGCUGCAUAUUGGUCAGGUCAUUGUCUACUAAGAAGGGUAUAUGUUUAACAGAAAAAAUAGCUUGAUAUGGACAGAAUACAUGACAAUGCACUUCAGUGUAGGAUGUUGGAGAGAAGUUGCUUUCAUAGGCUAUUUACUUUAAAUUUGUUUUCUCAUUUUGCUAUGGGAGCUGGUUAAACUUGUGUAGUAAGACCUGAAACGGUACAUUAAUGAGAUGUUUGGCCUGAUUUCUGAAAGUAUGCAGAGGUCAGGAAUUCUUCGGCAGCAGCAUGUAUGAAUUAAAAUAUUACGUAAGAAGGAUUUAUUUUUGGUUUCUUUUGGGUGGUUAAAACUACCUACUGUAAUACAGAAUCCAUUGUUUUUUCCAGUGGUUCUGUUUCUGGUUACUGAGAAAUGGCUUAUUUUCCUCCCUGCUUUUCUGGAAGAUUUAAUCUGCAGCAGUCGAGGAGUCACACUGUGUUCAAGUUCAGAAGUGCUUUACACAUGAAAUCUACUGGUUCUCUAGCUGAUUCUGCCCUGUCACCAUCUCAACAGAAUUGGACUUACAGUCAUGGAGGACCAUCAGCAACACUUACACUGUGUGAACUGUGUCAGCCGUCGUUGUAUGACCAGACCAGAGCCGGGCAUUUCCUGUGAUUUGGUUGGCUGCCCCUUGGUUUGUGGAGCAGUUUUUCACUCAUGUAAAGCUGAGGAACAUCGCAUGUUAUGUCCACUUGAAAGAGUGCCUUGUUUGAAUAGUGGCUUUGGAUGUCCCUUCGUAGUAGCCCGAAAUAAAAUUGCUGAUCACCUAGAAGUUUGUCCAGCAAGUGUGGUAUGUUGUACCAUGGAGUGGAAUAGAUGGCCAGUCAGUUAUGCUGACCGAAAAUCUUAUGAAAACCUGAGUAAAGAUGUUGAUGAAGUGGAGCAGCUAGAUAUGGCUUUAGCUCUUCAAGACCAGCGCAUGUUAUUAGAAUCACUUAAAGUAGCAACUAUGAUGUCAAAAGCUGGGGAUCAAAUACCAGAAUCCAGAGAGCAAACCUCUGUCAAAUCAAGUGCCCCCGAUACAGUGCAUACCAAUGGUUUGAUGCCUGUAGAUGAGGAGUCCUAUGAUGCACUUUAUCAAGCUACUGUAGAAACAACGAGGAGUUUAGCUGCUGCUCUGGAUAUCCUGAACACUGCUACAAGGGACAUUGGUAUAUUAAGUUCAAACCUCUGCAUUUCACCACAUGAAACGAAAGAAGAUCCCAAGAUUAAAGAACAAGCUUCUAGUGGCAUUAUUCAGGAUAAAAAGUCUGACCCUGAAAAUGCAGAUGAAGAUAAUGUAGGAGCAGUUGGGGGAAUGAACUUUGAUAGCCUGAGUCAAAAUUCACAAAUGGAGCAAAAUGGCUCUUGUGAUAUUUGUUAUGAUGUAGUGCAAAACCAUGACUUAAAUCUAAACUUGAGUAACUCCUCACUUCUGUGUAAUGGCUUUCAUGUAGAAAAUGAAUGUUCAGAAGUGUUGAACCACAGUGAAGAUCUUGGUAUAUCUAAUUCAAAACCGUCCAGUGUAGCAAAUGGUGAAUGUACUGCGUCUCAUGAUGAUGAAGCAUUACAGUCUGGCGGCUCCUGCCCUGUAACAGCACAAGUUGAAGUAAUACCAGCUGAUCACUUAGUUAAUGGCAAUGCUAAUGAUGUACAACUUCCUCAUAGUGCUAAUGAAGAAGAAAUGUUAGAGAGACAAGUGGAGCAAGAAAGAUUGAGAAACAUAGAUGCAUUUUCACUUUUACGACAUCGAUCGUACAGGUUCCUUGUUAACCAUUAUUGGUCAACACCAAAAGAAGACAAAGCUGUUGAUACUUCAGAUUUGGAGAUAACAGAAGAUCCUAUGGGUCUUCAGGGAAUUGAUCUAAUCACUGCAGCUCUGUUGUUUUGCCUAGGAGAUUCUCCCGGAGGUAGGGGGAUAUCGGAAAGUCGCGCUGUUGAUGUGUAUCACGUUGACUUUGGGACCCAAACAUUUUCUCUCCCAUCUGCUAUAUUGGCCACAAAUACAAUGGUGGGGGAAAUAGCUUCAGCUUCUGCAUGUGAUCAUGCCAACCCACAGCUCUCAAAUCCAAGUCCAUUCCAGACCCUUGGAUUGGAUUUGGUAUUGGAAUAUGUGGCUAGAUACCAAACAAAACAGCGUUCAAUGUUUACAUUUGUUUGUGGACAGUUGUUUAGAAGGAAUGAAUUUUCAUCACAUUUUAAGAAUGUGCAUGGAGAUAUUCAUGCUGGCCUUAAUGGCUGGAUGGAGCAGAGGUGCCCUUUGGCAUAUUAUGGGUGUACAUAUUCUCAACGAAGGUUUUGCCCUUCAACGCAAGGGGCAAAAAUUAUUCAUGACCGCCACUUACGGUCAUUUGGAGUUCAGCCUUGUAUAUCCACAGUAUUAGUAGAACCAGCAAAAAGCUGCUUAAUUGGACUACACAAUGACCAUCUGAGUAGUCUACCUUUUGAGGUGCUGCAGCACAUUGCUAGUUUUCUAGAUGGCUUUAGUUUAUGUCAGCUCUCAAGAGUGUCACGUUUAAUGAGAGAUGUGUGUGGAAGCUUGCUUCAGGCACGUGGAAUGGUGAUACUGCUUUGGGAGAAGAGAAAGUGCCCAGAAGGAAGUUCUUGGCAGGUAAAAGAAAAGGUUUGGCGCUUCAGUACAGCCUUUUGUACUGUGAAUGAGUGGAAGUUUGCUGACAUCGUGAGCAUGGCUGACCACUUGAAGAAGUGCAGCUACAACGCUGUGGAGAGGCGAGAGGAGGCUGUGCCGCUGCCAUGUAUGUGUGUGACACGAGAGCUCACCAAGGAGGGACGUUCACUGCGCUCUGUUUUGAAACCAGUACUCUAAGUAUUGCAGCCACUCCAAUUGCACAUACACUCAAGCACCUGAUAUAACCUCGGUAAUAUUAUGAGACACUUUAUUAAUGUACUAAAGAUACUUUCUAGCUGAAUCUACUCUGUCACUGUGUAUAUAAGGUUUGAAGUGACAUUUAUUUUUUAUAAUACUGUUUAGCUGGAAAGUAAUGAAAGUUGCCUUAACGUUUGAAAAAUUCGGAACUUGCUGGACAGGGUAGUUUUAUCUAACUUAUAUAAUUUAAGAACAAAAUCCUAAGGUGUGUUUUCUGAUUCACUGGUGCCCAUGUAGCUGUUGACUGAUAUCAUUUCCAAAAUGGCCUCUAAAUGGUAUCCACAUUUGGAUAGGAAACACUGAAUUGUAGUGAAAGAAAGGUCCUGUCCAAAUCCUGUACCUUCUGU